UUCUGAUUGUGUGAGCUCAGGGCAUGAACCAGGGGGAUGCUUGUCAGGAUAGCCCAGAGAACCAGUGCCUUGCCCAGCCUAGCUCGUGUGUGUGUGUGUGUGUGUGUGUGUGUGUGUGUGUGUGUGUGUGUGUGUGUGUGUGUGUGGUCAAAGGUGACUCUUGGGCUGAGUCUUGAGGGCUGAGUAGGAGGUAGGGCAGAGGCAAGGCCUAACUUGGUCCUGCCCAGAGUGUAGGGCGUGUUGAGCGAAUAAAAGACCUUUACACCCCCCUCUUCUACAUUGGAAGCCUUGGGACUGAGGGGACCAGAUCCCUGCCUGGAGGCAUAGGUUCCUGCACAUAACAGUUUCAGAUUGCGGGAGUGUGGAUUAAGGCCUGCUGCUUCUCUUGGAACUUGAUGGAUGUUUGGAGACAGUGAAGCAAAAUUGCCAAGAAGCACCAGAGCCCUGCAGAGACAGCCUGUGGGCACAGUCGCCUUCUUCCCCAUGCUUCUGCUAUGGGCUUGAGUGGAUAGCCCAUUCGCCAUGAGCCGUGACCCCACUGGUGUUCCCAUGUGGCCCCUUGGCCCUCGUCCAGGACCUGUCAGCUUAGUUGCGUCUCCGUUUCUGAUGUGCUUAAUCCUCAUGGAGCUGCAUUCGUAACCAUGGCAACUCGGGUCGAAGUUGGCUCUAUCGCAUCCCUGAGGGCGGGGCCCGCCGGCCUUGGUGACAUCGGCAGGGAGGAAACCCUGAAGAGGACCUACUUUUGCCAGACUGGGGACCUCCCUGGGGCGUCCUCCACCAGGAUCCGAAGUGCAAAGAACCCCCUCCAGGCCCACCUGUUCCCACUACCCAUUGCGCCCAAGCCUUUCCUUAAGGACCAGGUGCCCGAGAGGAAGGCUUCUGUCAAAUCCUCGUGGUCUGGUGGUGCCACCCAGCCUCGUCCUUCAGCCCAGGCUGCUGAGGAGGAAGCGAAAGAGGACUUGGCUAAAACAAUGCCAAGCCUAGCUGGCGAGGGGGCAGACCGAGGGGAGGCCCUGCAGAAUGGCCCGUCUGUACCUAACAAAGCCACGUUCCUGAGGUCUGGCCCUAGCACUAUGGGCCUCUUUGAAACAACCAAAGCUGGACCCGGCCUGGGCAAAGGGACUGGUGAGGGGAGCCGGGAGGCCAGCCCUCGGGCAACCCAGACGUCUCCCUUAAGUGCCAGGCCUGAGGUGGCCACCAAGCCAGCCCUACCCGCUCGGAAGCCCCCAGUGACUCUGCCCCGACCAACCUCCCUGUCGCAGGACACUGGGUCUGCUAUUUCUCAGGGGGAGGCAGGCCGAGCCCAACCAUUGCCAAAGGCCCACAGUGUGGAGGAUCCCGCUGACCAGGCUCCAGAGGCCAAGCCUGUGAGGAGACGGCCUCUGUCAGCGGUGUUCAGCGAGUACCUGCAGCCCCUAAAGCCAGGCUCGGGGGGAGUGGCAGUCACGGGCAAAGUCCCCCCUACACCUCCCGAGAAGACGUGGGUGAGGAAGCCCCGGCCUUUGUCUGUGGACCUAACUUCCAUUUUUGAGAGUGGAGACACGUUGCUGAGGAAGGUGACUAGGGAGCAGAGCACUGCAGAACGCCAGGGCCCAGAGAGGCCAGGCGUGGAGCCCAGGGGCAAUGUGGAGAGCCCUGCCCGCGUGGAUGGCACCCCUCGGGACCCUGAUGCGGAAUUCCAGGAGCUGUCAAAGAGGCUCCAUGCACGGAAGGAGAAGAUGGUCCUUAAGCAAACAGACACAGACAGUCCCAGGGCUCCAAGGGCCAGGGCUACCCCUGGAGAUGAUCAGAGUCCCCAGCAAGAGGAAGCCAUGCCAGAGCAGCAAUGGGAGAAGGUGCAGGAGUCCCCUUCACCCAGACCUGAAAGAGGGCUGGGGCUGACAGAGGUCAAGGGUGAAAGGCUCGACCAGGAGGCUUCUGCCCGGACGGAGAGGAAGCCUGCAGGAAGUGUCAGGAAGCGUUUCAGUCUGUUUGGGGAAGACAGCGCAGGGGCCUUGGCAGUGGUACCUGAGCCCAGCCCUGUGACCCCAGAGUCUCCGUCCUCAGCGUCCACAGUGUCGACAGCGUCCACAGUGCCAGAGCCUUCAAGAGCUGGUGUGAACGUUCAGGCUCGAAUCAAAGGCUGGUCUGUGGAGAGAGCAGGGGAGGAGAAGCCAGAGGUCUGGAGAAGGGCCUCCCAGGCUCGGCCGUUGCCUGCGGAUUUGACCAAACCGUUCUCGAGGUCGGCUUCGAGCAGUGAGAUUGGGUACGAGAAGUGUGCCACGCUGGGCGGCGAGCUCCCCGGGGAAAGGAGAGAAAAGCUUAAGGAAAGGCAUGGUUUGGAUAGACCCUCUGCCACAAAAAGUCCUUGGAAGUCUGAGGCUUCCCAGAAGUCUAGGCAGACAGAGCUCAAAGAUGCCUCCGACCAGGACCCUGAUAGGUGUUGGAGUGCUCGCUCGGUGGGAGGCGCAAGCCCUUCUGAAGUCAGUCCGGAGGAUGACGGAAGCUUCCAGAAGGUGUGGGCCACAGUGUUUGAGCAUCACGUGGAGAGACACACAGUGGCCGACCAGGCAGGCUGUUGUCUCUCCGCCACACCCCCUUUCGAUGUGGCCGACACACCGGAUCCCAGACCGAAGCCUGAGAAUUGGCCAGGGAAGGAGCCACCAGGAGUCACAGACGAGAGAGACCGCUCCAGGUGGUCGGACCGUGCUGACCUGGGGAUGCUGGGACGGCCUGCCCUUGUCGAUGUUGCGCUGAGACCGUAUCCCACACCUGUCCCCGGGAGACACCCCAUGGAAGAGAGGCACAGCCGCUCUGUCCCCAGGCAUUUAGAAAGUCCCCCCGUGUCCCAGAGGGUUCAGCCUAAGUAUGACGUCAUGCAUGCCUCAGGAGAGCGGGCACAUAGCGAAGCAGUGUCCACGGUGCCUGAGGAGAAGGCGGUGACCCUGCACAGUGGCAGAUCUCGGCUCUCGCUGCCGGCUCGGCAGCUGUCCCAGGAGGUCAACCCUUCUUACCUGGACUCUUCUCUGCAGGGUAGUGGGGGUGCCGUCCAAAGGGCAAGUCAGUUAUGGGAAGCUAGGGGCAAGGAAGGCAGCAGAUCAAAGCUAGACUGUCAGCAGCCAGGGGAUGGAUUUGGGGGCUCUUGCCAAUCGUCCAAAUGGGCAGGAGUGGGGGUGACAAACUGGCACAGCAGCGCUGUGGUCAGCAAAGAUCUUGGUACUGCCCAAAGGGGUCAGUCCUGGAGUGUCUUUUCAGAUCUUCCAUCCAGGGCCAGCAUUGAGCCCCGUGACUCCCAAGUACAGGCAGGGAUUGACUCAUUGUCCCAGCAGAAGGGACCCCUCAUGGUCGCCAGUGAGGAUAACCCAAGGCUGGCCCAGGUGGCCCAGCCUGAAGUCAGAAUGUGGAGGUCCAACCCUUCAGAGCCGAGGGUGGAUAGGUUGAGGCGACGGACUUUGCCCCAUGAUGUGAAGUUCGAUCCAUUCAGCCUCCUUGGGCCAGAGAGCUCUUCCGAAAGGCAGCAGCGACCAGCAGAUGGUCUGACCUUCCCAACCUGUGCCUUAAAGAGACCCCACCAGCAGGCACAAACUCAGGGGGGGACACCGGAUGCCUCACAAGGCAGGACUUUCCUGGUGGAGAAGCUGGGGCCAUCUGCAGAGCCUGCUGCGACGUUCUUCGCGGUGACUUACCAGGUUCCUGACAUUCAGAAGGCCAAGAGUGUGGUUAAGCCAGGGCCUGAAAACGUUUCGGAACCUUCCAGAAAAACGCCUCCACCUCCUUCACCUCGCUCUGUUGUGUCUGCGUUGCCUUCUCCUGGCCGUGAAGAGCUGUGGUCUCCCGCCAGCAGUAAGGGCUACGCUAAGGGGAGAGAGUAUGAAGAAGUAAGGAACCUUUCAAAACACCCCAAGUCCACAGACCAGCCGGCGUCUGCAGGGGACAGGACUCUGGAUCCUUCCAGGGAGAGAAUCAUUGAUGUGGAUGCUCUGAGGUUUCAUCGAGAGUCAGAAGACGACGCUGUGAAGUAUCGCAAUCUCGGGGCAUCCUCAGGCGAAGAUGCCUCACAGACACCCCUGGUCCUGAGGCGGCCCAGAAGUCUCCUGAUGAGGAGGAGAACAGAGGUGAUCAGCGAAACGUUCCCAGGGAAGAUGAGGGAUGGCUACAGAUCCAGUGUUCUUGACCUUGAUUCUCUGAUGGCUGAGUACAAGGAACAGUUGAGCAGGAGUCCCAGCAAGGCCCAGGAGCAGCAGGACAGCCCUACAGAGCCCAGUGGCUCUCCUCAGGAGAGGUCAGGUUGGCCCAAGGAGGCGGAGUGGAGAAGGAGGAGCCUGAAGGAGGCUCCUCAGUCAGACGGUGUCGGUGUCGGGCAACAAACAGGGCCCUCUGUGAAAGUUCUCCACUCUCCUGGCCCCAGCAAGCAGCCAGCAGAACCCCUAGGGGUAGCCAUGGCCACCAAGUCUGGCCUGCCACUGUGGGCACCACCACAGUCAGCUUCUGGGGAAAACUGUCCCUCACCUUCUUCCGUUCCUGCUGGCUCCAGGAGGAAAUCUCCAGGCAUCGCUGAGUUGGAAAGCAAGCCCUCCUCCAGUGAGCACCAGGGUACAAAGCGUAGGCAAGGUUCAGUCAAGUCCCAGGAGCUAGGCAGCGGGGACCCUGUCUCCCCCAGGUCACCCCCCUCUGACCGGAAGAAAGGGACUCCAAGGAGAUCCACUGUUCAGGGAGUGGAAGGCAAUGGGGUACAGUGGGGAACCCCCCCACAUGAUUCUGUUUGGUCACCGAUGGACAUCAAGAGGGCUUGCUCGGAGAAGGGGCCCCCAGCCAGGGUCCGGGAGGGCCUGUCCGUCAUGCAGGAUGCCAGGGAGCGGAGAGGAGAACAGUCCAGAGGGAAGCCUGACCUCCCUGCCGAGACUCCCAAGGUCGCUGAGGGACCCUGUCAGAGGGAUACGAGGAGGCUGGAAGGCCCUAAGCUGCCUCUGCAGAAUCUGGAGCGGAGGGAUGGCCGUCAGGAUGGCCAGCAGCCUCUUGGGCAGGUGUCCCCCGUUGCCUCCGUCCCCCGGCGAAGCCACAGCUUUUGCAAGGACAAGAGGAAUAGUCUCCUCGUGAACCAGCUGAAGCAGUGUUUCUCCCGGCGGGCACCCGAGGCCAAGGACACUGACACCCUCGUGCAGGAAGCCGACAGCCAGUAUGGGACCUGGGCAGCCCAGCACCAGAACGGGGGCAGUUUUGGCCCGGAGACUCCUUCUCCUGACAGCAGUGCUGCGUCUGCGGGAAAGCAGCCUCCAGGCAGUCACUUGUCCUCGUACACCGAGUCCACGUCGGUGGAGCAACAUGACAGCUCCAGGGAUCGGCGCAGCUCCAGCGUGGACCGCUCCAGUUCUGAGCUGGAGUCCACAGAUGGCCCAGAGGGACCACCUCCGUCAGACGUCUGUCCUGCAGAGGGAGAGGAUGAUUUCUCCUUCAUCCAUCAAACCUCAGUCCUUGACUCCAGUGCCCUUAAGACCCGGGUGCAGCUGAGUAAGCGAAGCCGUCGCCGGGCGCCCAUCUCCCACUCGCUCCGGCGCAGCCAGUUCAGCGAGUCUGAGAGCCGGUCCCCUCUGGAAGAGGAGUCACACAGCGCGUGGAUGUUCAAGGACUCCACAGAAGAGAAGUCACCCAGGAGGGAUGAAUCCGAUGAAGAGCCUCCCAGGGUGGAGAGGACCCCUGUUGGCCACCCUCAGAGGAUGCCUGUGUUUCCAGGCAUGGACCCAGCUGUGCUGAAGGCUCAGCUGCCCAAGAGAUCAGAAGUGGACAGUCCUGGAGAGUCUCUAAGCUGGACACCCCAGCCCAAGACCCCUAAGUCGCCCUUCCAGCCUGGGGUGCUGGGCAGUCGGGUGCUGCCUUCCAGUGCAGAGAGAGAGGAGAGGUCUGAGGAGCGCUCACCCCAGUGGCUAAAGGAACUGAAAUCCAAGAAGAGGCAGAGCCUGUAUGAGAAUCAAGCUUGACCGGACAGAAGAUCACUAUACCCACAAACUCAAGCCUUAACCGCCAGACGUCUGAGGCCAAGACACCCACUCUCCCUGACCACGCUCACGUGCCUGGGCCUCUCCACCCUGAGGACGCCGUGCUGAGCCCCACCCGGGUCCCCUCGGGAAGACCCUGUCCCGGGACUCGCUCCAGUCCACAGAGAGAUCUUUCAGCUCUCCUUCAAGAAGUGUCCAGGCCCGUGGAUUGGCCUUUGGUGUGACAGUUGGCCUUCCUGCUCUCUGCGGACACCUCGCCGGGCUCCCUAGGCUGGGGGUUCCACCUGGGCUCCGCCCCUGGCAGCCUUUCAGGAAGGACCCUGGCAAGAAAGCCUGAAUGACUCUUGGGUGGCAAAGGUCACCAUCCAAGCGUUACACCGGUGUCUCCCGGGUUGGGUUUGAUUUUUUUUUUUUUACACCCCCCUUCCUGACAAGCUCUUCUUCCCCACUAACUGCCUUCAUUCUGAUUUAUAAGCACAGCCCAGCCCCAUCUUGUCUGUAUCCUUUUCCUUCCUGUGAGGCCCUGGGCACAGUUGUCCUGGGUCUCGACACUCUCCUGUUUGCUUUAGAGGAGGAUAAAGCAAUAAUGCGGCCAGUUUCCCCUGAACCUUGACAUGUGCUUGGGUCUCUGCAUUGACAGCGGAAAGGGUUGGGGGGCAGACAGUGACCGUUGCCUCCUGUCACCUGACCUCGCUGUCCAAGCCUACGAAAGCUUGUGACUUUCACCUUUGUCCACAUCUGGGAUGCUCUGAUCUCCAUGGGGGCAGCCUUUGCCCCCAGUUCUCAAGCAUUACGAACCUCUGUUGGAAUUGUCCGUACCCCGGCCGCUCACAUCCCGGACCUGUGCUUUCUGAACACCCAUAUCCUGCUGGAGAGAAGACUCAACCAAGUCAGCUUGGAACAGACGUGGCCCUGACCCUGCCCUCCAUGACCUACCCACCUGGCUAAGUGGUCGUCAAGGCCCAUGUGGAUGUUGCUCUAACUGAAAGGCCCCUGUAGUGGGAGCCCCAGGCCAGAUGCUGGGCCGUGAGGUCUACGAUGUCCGAUGUCCUGCGUUGUGCUACCUGCAUGCUCGCUCCUGGGAGUCUCGGAGCCUCUGUACUCCUGACGCCUACUCUGUCUUGUUUCCUUUUAAGCCUUCAAGGUGACAUCAGGAGCCCCUGGCCCCAGGGGUCACCCCAGACUCACCAGGCCAACUGCCUGCAGCAUGCUGGCAGCUUCCAGAGACCUUUUACCAACCUUGCCUUGGUGACAUGCUUGGUAGUUCCAAGGCGGUCUGUGGCUGUGGAGGGCCCUGGGCCAGGUGUUCUGACGGAUGUCUGCCUGGCUCGUGUGCCCAGCCAUUGCUGCCCCGACGUUCUCGGAGACAGAGUCUCUUGCUUCUGCUCCCUCUCUGCCUGGGUUCCCUUUGGAAGGGUUUGGUGGGAAUGGAUGGCCGAGCUUGGUGUCUUAGGACAGUCACCUGUGCCUGCGGACUGAGGUGUUCAGCACCGAGGAGACUGCAGGCCCCACCUGCACCCCUCCCUGAGCUACUAGUGAGCGGGCACACGCCUCUGAAAUCACUUGGGGUUCAGUCUCCCUGCAGAUGCUCCCGUAGUCCCUGUUUCCUGUUCUGUUUUGUUUUUUAGAAUCCAUUUUGUAUCCUGUGGCGAUUUUGACCCAGUAGCUUGCCAGGGACUUUUUUUCAAACACACUACAGGGUUGAGGGUAUAGCUCAGUGGGCAGAGUAUGUAUCUAACGCAGAGGACCAGAGUUCUGUCCAGGGACCACAUAAAUGAGGUGUGGCGGUGCACAUCUGUGAUUCUAGUGCCUGGCAGAUGGGGGGGGGGAGGAGGAGGAGGAAGAGGAGGAAGAAGAGGCUCAGAAGUUUAAGGAUAUCCUUGGCUAUAUAAGAAAGCUGCAGAUCAGCCUGGGCUAGAAAACACUUGAAUAGAACAAAGCAAAGCAACAUUCUGCUCGUGAUUUUCGUCUUAACCUGUCUUGACUCCCUUCUCCUGGGGAGUAGGAGCCUAGGGUAAAUUAAGACCAUGGCAGUAGGAGUCGAUCCCAUCUUAACUAUCACAGUAGUUAAGGCACAGUAGAAUCAAAACGUGCUUGCCCUGUCUGUCAUUGCCUAACCCCUCACACCUGAUGAGAAAUCAACUUGAUUCCUCACGAAGACCCACAUAAGGACCUCGGCUCUGACCAGGGCAGGUUUCUACAUCUCCCCCCAAGGAACCCAAGAUCUGACAAUCUCACUAGGUCUGCAGUGACCUGCGUUGGCUGUGUCCCCCUAUUUAGAGUCAGUGCAGCACAGCGAGCAGAGGCCCAUGCUUGGAUCCUUAGCUGAGCUGAGCGAGUGGCUCACUUAGUCCCCUUUUUAAAACCAGGUGAGGCUCUGGGGCCAAGUCAUGGGCCGUAUGCCUCCCCAUGACCCUCCUUUUAAAGGAACCUAAUAAUGCCUUAAUCGUGUGUGAUAGGCACCUGUGUCCCCCUCCCCCAACCCUCCCUCCUGGUGACUGGAUGUUUGCAGAGUCUCACAUACGCCUCCAUCUUCUCUAUGCCCAUCAGCAUUUUGACAUCUGACCUUUGGGUACGCCCCUCCCACCCAGUAGAUAGGCAUUCUCCUGCAUAGUCUGUGGCCUCAUACACGGAGGCCUUUGCCCUGCGAAAUGGCGUGGCAGGAUGCUCUCGGGCAUCCUCAGCUCCAAUGGAGAAACUGGGUGGUCCUGGGGAGUAGGAGCCUAGUGUAAAAAUUAUCUCACGCCCCCCGGGUUGGACUCAGGGGCAGACGGGAUCAGAGGAGUUUAUAGGGUAGGGGAGCAGGCAAAAGGUUCCAUCAGAUGCCUAUUUUCCUUCUACAAUACUGCCCCCUGCAGGAAGCAGCUGUUAAAGCAAAGUCAUCAAUUUAGCUGCUGAGCAGGGAUUGGAAAAAACACUCCUGUGAUUUCCAAAGGAAACGCAGCGAGUCCUGGUGCGUGUAUGUUGGGGGGGCGUGGGGGUAAGGACUGCUGUCAAUCCUGGCUUUACAGCCACUCAUUCUGGAUCUAGGCUUGACUGAAAAGUGGAAAGCCACCCACCUCUUAAUAUCCAGCCCUGGCGAAUCAUUUGGGCGACAGAGACGCUGUGCCCUCCAAAUGUGCCUUUGCCCUGUCGACAGGAAACGGAUCUCCAAAUACCCAGGUUCCCCACAUUGCUGGGGACUAGCAGGAUCCACUCAGCAUCUCUGAGUUUGCCUUGGCCUCAAGCCCCUCAGUGAGAGAGGACUUCCAUUGACAUUUCCGGAAGGUCACAUUCCAGAAGCCCGAAGCCGUGAAGAAGGCAAGAGGACAGGGCUUCCCCUGUCCCUGUCCCUAUCAUACCCUAGAGCAUCCUUUUGUUUCUGUGGCUCCCACAGUGAAGGACACCUCAUAGCCUGCAUCCUUUACCCCUCAAGAGUCCCCUUCAGCUGUUUAUGUCACCUGUGCUGCGACAAUCCCUGGCAGCAUCGAGCCAGCUAGAAAUCUGCUUCUUAAAUGUCGUCCCGUGUCGCCUUACAGAUUCUGCUCGAUGGCGCUCACAGAGGUUGUAAUGUUGGUCUACAGAAGGCGUUUGUACCAAAUCGUUUCUUAACUCUGCUAGAGUGAUCACGGCCCUCAACACGCUUUGUAUGCUGGGGUGGGGGAAUGGAAUUAUAUAUGUGAAUAGGAUAUAUUUUUCCUAACAGUUCACUCUGGGUCCUACCUGGGAUGUUCGCAUCACGACAGGGAAGGACUCACAAGGUGCGCAUCCUGUCUGCAGCAUUCCGACAGCUGCCUUACCAACCCACAAGCUGCAGGACUUCUGAAUGAAGGCAGAUGGUGCGCACCACGGCCAGUCCCAGGAAGAACCUAACUUCGUGACCGAUAAUUCAUCUUUAAAAAAAAAAAAAACAACUAUAUUUUUACUGUCAAAACGAAUGGGCUUCCCGGACGUUGCGGUGACCGGAUGCCCCCUGUGCUUUUAUAUUUUGUCACUGUAAGAGGUUUUCUGGCACAGACAAGCAAGUCAGGAAUCCAGCUGACUGCACUAAAUGGGGUGAACUCUGCAUGUGCAAAGGGGGCACACCCAGACUCCAGAAAUAGUAAAUAAAGCUUUCCUGUCAAUGAUGACUCUAA